AUGCAUCAGAAUAAGUUGCAAGAUGCUGGUUUAUGUGCUUCUGCCAACUUUGCAGGUUUAACUACUGUGACUACUCUUUCUGCUUACAAUACUUGUUGCCUCUUUGCUUGUCAUUUCUCUCAGUUGUUUGACAAUCCUUGGAUUCUUGAUGACAGUUUCAAAAUUAAAGACUUGGGGGAAGCCCACUAUUUCCUUGGUUUAGAAAUUAUAAAGCAGCCCACUGGUAUACUUGUCUCUCAACAUAAGUUUACUUCAGAUCUUCUAGCUGAAUUCCACUGCUCUACAGUGACUCCAGUGGUCAGUCCUUUAGAACUAUAUAGGAAGUUGUCUGCUGAAUCUGGUGACCCUUGUCCUGAUCCUAGUUUGUAUAGGAAAUUAGUAGGGAAACUCAACUUUCUCCAACACACCAGACCUGACAUCUCUUUUGCUGUUCAACACGUCAGUCAAUUCCUUCAUUACCCUCGUUUGCCACAUUUGGAAGCUGGUCUCCAUGUGCUUCGAUACUUAGCUGGUUCUCCUGGUUUGGGUAUCCUGCUGAAUGACAGUCCUGAUUUCUCUUUAAGUGGAUAUUGUGAUUCUGAUUGGGCUGGGUGUGUUCAAACUCGUAGAUCUAUUACUGGAUUUUAUAUACUUUUGGGGGGAUCUCCUGCAUCAUGGAAGGCUAAGAAACAGCCUACAAUUGCACCCUCUUCAGCCAAAGCUGAAUACAGGGCACUGCGUAAAAUUGUCGCUGAAAUAUCUUGGCUGGUUCCAUUAUUUGAUGAUUUUGGUGUUUCUGGCUUGUCUCCUGUCCAAGUGUUUUGCGACAACCAAGCAGCCUUGCACAUUGCUCGGAAUCCUGUGUUCCACGAGUGUACGAAGCAUAUUGAAAUUGAUUGUUACUUUGUCCGCAAAAAAUUAAAUGACGGAUUGAUAUCUCUGCAGUAUGUUCAUUCCUACAUCUCUAUAACUGGUUGA